AGAAGACCAGACGACCCCAGAGACCUGCGUCAGACAGUCUCAGACAACAAGCCUGCAAGCAAGCUUGCCAUCCAUGAACCAUCUCCCAGCCCAACAACCAUCGCAGCGGUCCGGACGACACGCAAGGCAGAACCACAUCCUCGUUGGCGGCAUCCUCCAGCUUCUGCUUCGCAACAGCAUAGCAGCCGCCCUAAACCAACGUCGGCCAUGCACCCUCCAGACAUGCAUCAACCUUCGCCAUGCAUUGCUUCAAGACCCUUUCUUCGAUCGCAACCAUCGUCCCGAGGAGCUAGAAACACGCCUUCGCCCCCCGAACAUACAGUUGAUGGACUGUGUUCUACUGAUGGCCAGGCUAAUGCGAGUCUUCAUGUGGGAAGGCUUCGGAGCACUAACGGCGGAGCAGCAGUGUGAGAGAUUGGCUGUGAGAAAUGAAGCGCUCAAUCAGCCAUUCUUCGACAAGGAGAGGGUGGUCAGCGUUCGUGGCAACCCGUUCGUUGACGAUCCUGCUGCUGAAGAUGAGGGAUGCUUUACUUGAGCCAGUGAUGUUUACCCGGGGAUUGCUACGCAGGCAGUAGGAGAUGGUAGUCCAAGCUUAAAACGGAGCGAUUCUGCUGUACUCGAUAUGUUCUGACUCCGGCAAAUUGUACCUUUGCCGGCAAGUGCUGUAUCCUUGCAGGAUGCGCUAGCGGUCCACAAUUCCACGUUGGUGAAAACUUAUGGUGCUGCAGGGUUUACGCUUCCAUAGAAAGUGUGACUGCUGCAAUUUUGGUUCAUCUUGUUCUUGAGGGAA